AUGCCUGCGCUGCGUACUCGACUUCGCCGUUCUGCCAAGGAUAUAGUGUUCUCGGGAUAUUCGGAUGCUUGGUUCCCUGAUGUUCCCUCAGAUGACCCCGUGCACAAGCGAAUCGCCAAGUUGAACGUGGAGUCUUACCCUUUUGACUUGAUGUCAUACGCUGACGAUGUCGUAAUGCGGACUCUCUUUGGGUCCAAGCGGCCAGUGUUGUCGUGGAAUUCAGUAGUCCCCGAGUCUUCUUCACGCGACAGCCGCCUACAGUGCCCCAACAUUCUUCAAGACCUGCGAGCCGCCUUUUCUAUCUGCCGGUUUCUCACCAACAGCGAAGUCGAAGGUUCUUUAGAAGACGCCGUAUCUGGUGCCGUCAACGAGCUUGUUGCAAUACCGACAUUCUACAGGGAGGACCCGCGAUGGAAGGACGUUCUUACGCAGUAA